AUGGUGUCAAAGUGUUCAAUCACAGGCUUAGCCUCGUACCUAGCCCUCGCUUCUUCCUUCUUCGCCAAAGAAGUGCAGUCUGCUACCAAGGCACAGUAUACCCGGGAAGCAUCCACUGCCAUCAAGGCUCUCAACAGUAACUGGUACAAGCAAGACACCGGUUUGUGGGAUGAUGCUUGGUGGCAAAGUGCCAAUGCCCUCACAACCCUCGCUGACUUUGCCGUCUUGCAGCCUGGAGCCGCAAAGUCACUGGGCAUCGCCAACACUAUAGGCAACACAGUAAAAAAUGCCCCCAAAAAGUUCCCUGGUUUCGUUAACCAGUUUUACGAUGACGAAGGCUGGUGGGCCUUGGGGCUAAUUCACUCGUAUGACGCAACAAGAGAUGCGAGCUAUCUUGAAACGGCGGCCGACAUUUUUAAUAAUAUGCAAACCGGCCGUGGUACUCCUUGCAAAGGCGGGAUUUUUUGGAACAAGGAUCGCGAAUAUGUUAACGCAAUUGCCAACGAACUUCAUAUUACAGUUGCUGCUUCAUUGGCUAAUCGCAUUCCUACCAACCGAACGUACGCUCAGAUUGCAAAAGAUGAGUGGCACUGGUUCCAGAAGAGCGGUAUGAUUAAUAGCCAGAAUCUGAUUAAUGACGGUCUCGAUUCAAACUGCAAGAACAAUGGCUCACAAACUUGGUCCGUAAAUCAAGGUGUAAUAUUGGGGGGGUUGACCGAACUUUCGAGAGACUCUCUACUGGGCGCCGGUGUCCUUGACACUGCCAGAACUUUAGCUAUGGCAGCCAUUCAGGCGCUCUCCAAUAAGGACGGCAUUCUGGUCGAGAUAGAUAAAUGCGAGACGCAAAAGGAGGCCUGCGGAUUCGACGGCAAGCAAUUCAAGGGAGUCUUCGUCCGAAACUUGGGAUAUUUGAAUCAGGCUCUCAAAGAUGGAGAUAUCAGGGCUUUCAUCUUGAAGAACGCUGACUCAGUAUGGAACACAGACCGUGAUGACACCAACAAAAUGGGCGUUGCGUGGACAGGACCUGUCAUUGCUGCCAAUGGCGCCUCUCAUGGGAGUGCUCUGGAUGUCUUGGUGGCGGCAGUUCGAGUUGCCUAG